GCGGAGUCACCGCUUCCACCACCUUGGUGGCUCAAUUUAAGGUGGUGACACGCCAGUUUUCAACAACGGUAUCCCAACGUCACAUCUCACCUCGAGCCUCUCUAUCACUUGGUCAACUUUCCAAUAGUCAAGAUGGUGCCACCGAUCCGUACGCAAAAGGAUGAUAAGGCCAUUGCCUUCGCCAAGACCCUCGAACAUGUGCCCUGGUGCGACGACUAUGAGAAGAUGGUCUCUGGCAUGCUUUACAGCUGCAUGGCGCCGGAGUUGGUAGCAUCAAGACACCGUGCCCGCCGACUGGCUCAGAAAUUCAACACCUACGUUCCGGGAGAUGACGAAUCUGCAGACGAUGUUGCCAACAAGAGAGUGGGCAUGAUUAAGGAGCUUUUCGGUGGUAUUGGAAAGGAUGUCUACGUCGAGCCCAGCCUGCAGGUUGAUUAUGGCUGCAAUAUUACGGUCGGAGACCGUUUCUAUGCCAACUUCAACUGCGUCAUUCUCGAUUGCGCACAUGUGACCAUUGGCAACAAUGUCUUCUUCGCCACAGGAGUUAGUCUUAUCACGGCAACCCACGAGACCGCCUUGCAGUCCAGGAGAGACAACAUCGAGUAUGCGGAGCCCAUCACCAUUGGCGAUGACUGCUGGAUUGGAGCGAACGUCACAGUAUUGCCGGGAAUCAACAUUGGCAAGGGUUGCACGAUUGGUGCCGGCGCGCUCGUGAACAGAGAUAUUCCGGAUUACUCAGUCGCAGUUGGGGUUCCUGCCAAGGUUGUCAAGAAGGUAGAGCCGGUUGAGUAGAUAGACUUAGAAAACGAAAAUAUACAAUUUGGUUAUUGAUAUCAGUUGUGUGCGGCUAGCCC